AUGUUGACUGGAAAAAGAAACCUUGAUAUUGUCCUAACUGCUGAAGGUUACAAAUUUGUAAUCACUGAGGAGUGCCCAGAAAAACCUGAAAAUGCUACUGAUGAUCCGGUUAAUGCCUAUGACAAAUGGGUUAAGGCUGAUGAGAUGGCGCGAUGUUACAUUCUUGCCUCUAUGACGAAUGUUUUGCAACAUCAACGUCAGUCUAUGGGGUCUGCUUAUGAUAUGCUCGAAAAUCUCAAAGAGAUGUUCGGUGAGCAAAAUUGUGCAGCUAAGCAUACAACCAUGAAAGCCAUUUUGAACACCAAAAUGGCUGAAGGAUCAUCGGUCACGGACCAUGUUCUGAAGAUGAUGAGUCUUCUGAAUGAACUGGAGAUCCUUGGAGCUGUGAUUGAUAAGGAGUCUCAAGUUGAUAUGGUCCUGCAGACUCUGCCUGACAGUUUUCAAUAG